UCUGCGAGCAUGGAAGCAACAGAGACACAGUCUCUGCUCCAGUCCUUCUUGUCUACAGCCCCAUAACCCAUGCACUGUUAGCAUUUGUCUGGGUUGGAAAAAUUGUCCAAAAUAUCCAAUGUCAUUACUGCUUGUUGUGCAUUCUCACUGGCAGCUUUUAUUUGAACUAAUUAAUGAUUAAUGGAGUGCUCUGAUUAACUCUGUUUAAUGGUACUGAAGGUAAGAAUGAGCAGACAAGACCAGACUGUAGCAAUAAACAGCUGAAAGCAAAAUGAAGACCACUUUCUCCUUGUGUCUAUUGCUAGUUGGUUUGCAUACUGUUGCCCUGCGUCAUCAGCAUCCUCGCUACCGUAAUAAGCAGGAUGAUGUUAAAGGGACAUAUUAUCCAGGACAUGGUUCUCAGUGGGAAGAAGCUUCUCCACUUAAGAACAAAACCUUUGUCAAGCUAGUUUUCAGCAACGCUGACUUUGCAUUUUCCUUUUAUAAGCUGGUUGCAUCUGAAGCAACAGACAAAAAUAUUUUCUUUUCACCCAUAAGCAUCUCUACUUCCUUUGCAAUGCUGGCACUUGGUGCCAAGGCUGUGACACUGACACAGAUUUUGGAAGGGCUUGCCUUUAACCUGAAAAAGACUCAGGAGCAGGAAAUACAUGAAGGUUUUUGCCAACUCCUCCACAUGCUGAACCGUUCAGAUAGUGAGUUCCAGCUGAGCCUGGGCAAUGCCCUUUUCAUAGAAGAGACACUAAAACCACUACAGAAGUUCUUGGAUGAUGUCAAAAGCUUUUACGAAUCUGAAGUCUUUUCUACUGACUUUAACAACUCUGUUGGUGCUGAGAGUCAGAUCAACAGUUAUAUUGAGGAAAAGACAAAUGGGAAAAUUGUUAAACUAGUGGAAAAUCUUGAUCCUCUGACUGCAAUAGUUCUCAUUAACUAUGUCUUCUUUAAAGCCCAUUGGGAGAAACCCUUCAGUACAGCACUGACAAAACAGGAGGACUUUUUUGUGGAUCAGAAUACAUCUAUAAAAGUUGACAUGAUGUAUCGAAAGGGUUACUACAGAAAUUACUUUGAUGAAGAGCUGUCCUGUUGGCUGGUUCAAAUACCUUACAAUGGAGGUGCUGCAGCAUUGUUUGUUUUGCCUGAUGAAGGGAAGAUGAAGCAGGUAGAAGAUGCCCUCUUGAAAAGAACUGUAACUAAAUGGGAAAAGUCCCUCCAAGACAGAAAAAUACACCUGCACAUUCCAAAAUUUUCUAUUUCUGGUACCUAUGAUGUGAAAAAUAUAGUCAAACAAAGGGGUAUGGUCAAUCUGUUUACUGAACAAGCUAAUCUCUCAGGGAUUACUGAGGAGCCUGGACUGAAGGUUUCAAAAGUGAUCCACAGAGCCAUGCUGAAUGUUCAUGAGAAUGGCACUGAGGCGGCCGGAGCCACAGUGAAGGAGAUUACCUGGAGAUCUGGGGAUUUUCCUCGCCCACCUCGAGUCAGAUUCAACAGACCAUUUCUCCUGCUGAUUCUGGAUAAGUUCACCCACACUGUCCUCUUCAUUGGGAAAAUUGUAAACCCUCAGAAAAAUGACUGAUUGACAAAACUUAUGCACAACACUGGCUAAAUUCCUGUGAUCCAGUGAAACACUUAUGUAUGCAUACCACCCUGUGCUAGUGCUCAUCUUUCAACCAUUAUCCUUAGAAACCUUAUUAAUCCCUUACAACACAAAAACUGUUUUUCCUUGUCCAAAAGUCACUAGGAUUUCCCACAGCCUACACCUGAAUAUAGCAUGUAGUGUUAAUGAAAUACAAGUCACUUUUCACCAGUUUUGUAAGAAGCCCUUUCUGACAUGCUCCUGUGGGCUAUUCAGUUGGUCCAAGGUCUCCAAUUGAUGUAGGUACUACUGUACAGUCACAGGGUGUGCAUGUGAAAGGAGAAACAGAAAAAAUUAGGUAAAAAUUUAGUCUGUUUAAUCCACUAACCCUUGAUGAAUACUCUUAGAUGCAGAUUUCUUUAAUACUGGAGUGAAUUUUCAUUAAUUUCUUUAAGUUUUGUAACCAAGCGUGGCAUGAAACUGCAGGAACAGUGACUGAAACAUUGGAGGACACCACCAAUGUAAAGGACUGAUGAAUGCAGCUGUUUUAGCUUGCCUUCCUCUGUCUCCUCCUCAGCAGAAGCCCUCAGCCUGGAGACAAGAAGGCUGCUUUGCUCUACAGAUAAUUUCAAUUCUACUAAGGAAGGAAUGCAUAGCAGAAAAUAGACUUUUGUUUUAUCCUACUAAUAUAAUGAUUGUUGCUAAUGCCUUGAGAUAAAAGACUGAUGGAGUAGUCCAUGACAUAGCACCAGUUUCCUUUUCACAGAUUUGUUGUCACUGUCAUUUCUUGUUUCUACUGAUGCCGCCUUCGGUAUUCACGUUCCAGCUAGACUUGACAGAUUGUGGUAGAAAAAAAGGAGGAAUGCAAAUUAUAACUCCAGAAAAUUUGCAUUUCCUCAGUAGGAACUGCAGAGCUUUUCUAGAGACUGUUAACUUUUAAGCUAUCAUAAGCACACAUAAAAAAUACAGAAAAUAUUUCAGAAGUCACUUUUCUAAAUGUUAGCAGUGGAGUAAAAGCAGACUGGGAAUUGACAUUUGUACAUUUUCUUACCUUAAGGUUCCUUGAAUCCAGCUGCACUACAUAAUUGCAUGGUUAUGAAAGAAACAUAACUUCACUUACAAAGCAGUAAAUAUUUAAAUUAUUUUAUUAUCUUUUGCUUUAGUUUUUAAAUUAACACGUUUAGCACAUCUUAUUAAAAUAUAGAAAGCCAAAGAAAGCAUGUAAAUUAUAGAUUGAUUAAAUCUUUUGUUACAGAAUAUCUCAAAGUAGUAGAAAAAAAUAUAAAUUACAACCUUUUGGAUCUUAGUUUCUUAAGAUGUCUGUGAAAAAUAUAACAUAAAAACUGUGGUGAAUAUUUCUAAAACACAAUUCUUUUUUUGGUUUGGAGAUCUUUAUUUUCUUUUACAUUAAAUCAGUGUCAUCAAUAUGAGUAAAUUGUAGCCAUAAUUGUAGUAAAUAUGUACACCAAUAAGGAAUAGAAAAAACAUUCCAUGUCUAUCUGCAGACAGGUAACACUUGAUAUUUACUUUUAAAGCCCUCCUCAAAAUCACAUAAAUUAAUGACAAAAGUUUCUUACUCAUAACUUAUUUAGUAUGUUCCAUAUUUAGUAACAAGAAGUUGGCUUCAUUCCUCUAAACAUAUAAUGACUUGGUCUAGGUGAAAUAGAGGAAAAUUUAUUCUACAGAAGAUCAUUUAAAACUUCUUGCCAAAUCUCAGGGCUAACUCAGGAUGAAUUGUCAAAGUCCAGCUUUGCAAUGACAAAUAACUCUGUAGGCAAAUAUCAAGACUAUGUUUGUUGUUCAUCAUGGACCUCAGAUCAAUAGUCUCUGUUUGUUAGUAGGAAAAGAUAUCUGAGUGCUAUUUUGCCAACCACAUCUCACUUUGAGAAGCAACCUUGCCUCUUAACUCAUUUGAAAGU